AUGGCUAUAGGUUUAGCAGUUGAUUUUUCUAUCCAUAUUUGUUAUCGUUAUCAUCGUUGUUCCUCCUCGAUGACUGCUGAGCAAAAAGUAAUUGAAACACUUUCAAUUGUUGGAUAUCCAGUUUUACAAGCUGGGGGGUCUACUUUAUGGGCUAUGACUACUCUUCCUCUUACAGUUGUUUUGGUUAAUAUAUUUGGACUUUUACAUGCUUUAGUUUGGUUACCACAAUUUAUUUCUGCUUUGGAUCCUUUAGAAAGAAUACGUAAAAAAAACUAA